UUUUUUUCUACGUCAUUGACAUGUGUGCGAAAAAAUGGUUUCCGUUUACCAGCUGGCAUUAAUUUCUAUUGAAUAAUUUUCAUCUGUCCCUUCUUGAAUUAUUCUAUUGUGCUCUGGCAUGGCGUCUGUUCUUGAUCUUGUGAAACAUUAUCAACAUAAUAUAGAAAAGUAUUCCAAUGACCCACAGAGAGUCCUAAAAUGCAUUGACAAGUUGUACAAGUUGGGAGUGACGGUUGGGCACCUGCAAGAGACUGGUGUCGGUCGCACAGUCAAUGCUCUCCGCAAGGAAGCAGGUGAUGUGGGCACCGCAGCUCGAGCCCUUGUCAACAAAUGGAAACUCAUGGUGGCUGCUGAAGAGAACAGUGACUCUGAAGACCACAAUCAUGACACAACAAGCUAUAACGGACACGGACAUGGGAAGGAUUCUGACGACAGUGUGAAUCAGUCUAGGAACGGCGGAGACAGACAUGACCACAGUAGAUCAUCCAAGCACUCCGACCCCCCCGACCAUCGGCAGACCAAUGGCAACCACAACUCUAGCUCCAGCAAAAGGAAAUAUAACAGUAGCGAGGAUUCAGAACCUGACACUAAGAAAUCUCGCAACCAUCGAACAAGUGAGGAAGAAGAUGUGAAACCAGAUAUUAGAGUAAAGACAGAACCAGCAAGUGACAGUGAGCAUUCGGACUCACACAGUGACGACAGUGACUCCUCCGAAUCCUCUGCUCAAGAAACUAAAGUUAAACUCGAAAUUAAAACCGAACCUGAGGAGCAACCAAAGUCCUCAUCAUCCAAACACAGCUCCAACCACUACACAGAUCACAAAAAAGAAUAUAAAAAUGUGUCAAUUAAAACAGAAGAACAACAUACAGACAAACAUACAAAGCACAGUCAUGAGUCUAGGCAUUCUGAAAAGACAUCUUCAAAAGACAAAUCCUCCAGCUCACACAAAAGCUCUAAAGAUAAGGAAAGCAGCUCUGAUAGAAAACACAAAUCUGAACAUAAAUCUGACCACCGAUCAGCAGAGAGGGAUAAAGAUAAAUCAUCCAGGGAUAAAGAUAAGUCAACAAGCAGUUCCGAAAAACAUAAAAGUUCCAAGCACGAAAGCAGUAGUGAUAAGCACAAGAGCCACUCUGAAAAAGAAUCCAAAUCGGAGAAACACAGAAGUAGCGGCCACCACAACUCUGACAAGGAAAAACUAAAGAGUUCUUCCGAAGAGAAACAUAAGUCUAAGGAAAGUAGUAGUAAUAGUAGCUCAAAGAACAAACACAGUAGCUCAUCUGAGAAAGAUAAGUCAUCGCGCGAUAAAAGUAGUUCGUCUAAAGACAAACCAAGUCAUAGCAAGAGUGAUAAAAAGCAUUCAUCUAGUGAUAAGUCAAAGAGUAAACCUGAUAAGUCAGAUAGUGAGAAAGAGAGUAGACAUAAGUCGGACAGCGACAGGGAAAGUAGGCAUAAGUCAAGUUCCUCAUCACAUAAGAGUAGCAAGAGUAGCAGUAGUAAGGACAAGGAAGCGCCAAAGAAGAAGAAAUCUCAAGCGAAUGGAGACAGCGAUGACGGCAUCGAUUGUGGAUCAGGUGCGAGUUUUGCUGAAGCACUCGGCAUGGUCAGUCCGGCCAAGCCGAAGAAGAAGCCAACUUCUGGAGGCAUCAAAGAGUUCUCAUCUCCCCUCAACUCCUUCGAUAGCCCUGAUAUGACCCCCGCCUCCCUCCUAGCGCCGUCCACUAAGCUAGCUCCACUACCUCCACUGGAGAUAUCUGCGCUGCCGGAGAUCUCCCCGCACUACCUGCCGCGCCCGCCGCCGCGCCUGAUGCCGCACUUCACUGAUGAAGAGGCCAUGAGCUGUGUCAUCUCUUCUAAGAACCAAAGAACAAAAGUCUAUUCCGGGAUCAAAACGUACGGAAAGGUGCCAUCUCUGUACGAAAUGUGUGUCCACGUACUACAGGAGCAUAUUGAAGCUCUAGAAUACACGGGCGGAGUUCCCUACGACAUCCUAAAACCCGUAGUGGACAAGGCGACGCCACAACAGCUGUUUAUGCUAGAGCAUUUCAAUCCUUAUCUCAUGGAGGAUACGGACCACCUGUGGCAGACACACUGCAACAAACACUUUAGGAAUAAACAACGACAGGAGAUGGAGACGUGGCGGGAAAUGUAUAUGCGAUGCCAAGAAGAGCAAGAGGUCAAGCUGAGAUCUCUCACGGCGAAUAUCAAGAUGACGCAAGAGGCCAAGAAACUACCCAUCAAACAGACCAAAAUGGCCUACGUCGAUACAGUGGUCAAACCGCCUCGGAAUAUUGCCAGGAAACAGGCACUCCACGGCACAGCACGAACCUCAUCAGCGAGCCCAGCGGCUCGAGUGGCCGCCCUCGCCACCACGGCCAACGUGGCACGAGCCGGCACCGCCCGCCCGCCCCUCGCCGCCCCCGCCACAGGACCCACCUUCAAGCCCAAGAAGGCACCACUCAUGCAGAAAGCCCUACAGUUCAUGAGAGGACGGAAACGAUGAUAGAAGUGUUGUUUGUGGUUGUGUUUUGUUUCUGUGACUAUGGUUCUGAAUGUUUGGUAAAAAUGGAGUUUCGAGAUCUCGUGGGUUUGUUUGGAUCGAUGGAUAUGUUUCUGAUGUACCUAAUACUUUUUGGAUCGCAUCUGCGUGUAUGCAAUGAGUCAGUUGGAACCGUUGUUUGUUGAGUUACGUAUAAUGUACCAGAAUUUUUAUGUACUUAGGUAUCUUUUAUCUGAAAUAGUAAGAUUUCACUUGAACAAAUAAUCGAUCAAUUCGUGAAGCAAGCAAGAGCACUUUUCUUUAUGCGCCUAAUGUGUACAGUUCAACAGGGUGAAUUAUCAGGACUUGAUUGGACUUACGAGUUUCGUCUCUUUGCACUGAAUAGGCCAGAAUUAUUCAUUUGUUACCCGUAGGUAGAGGUAUUGUAUAUCCCAUUCCACGGGGAAAGGCAUCUGACAGAACCCUUAUUACAUUCGAAUAAGGGUA